AUGUCGGCCCUGCAGACUUUUAUGCUGGUAGUGGAACACAAUAAAGAAGAAGCCAAGCUUAUCGCCAACGGCGUCGCUCAAGAUGUCGAAAGCAAAAAGACCACUCUGAUUGAUAUUGUCCAGCAGCUGGGGGAAUACAUCAACGACGAAGACCCAAUUCUCCGGGGAAAGGCCGUUUCCUUCCUCACAUCCGUUAUCAAAGCGUUGCAGCCCCGAUUCCUGUCUAGACAGCAGAUUCAGGUUCUGACCACCUUUUUUUGUGAUCGAAUUGAAGAUGGAGGCGCAGUCGCGGGGCUGGAGACAUUGCAGGGCUUGGAACGGUUCACGAAGGAGUUAGCGACUGAGACAGCGGAAGCUCUUUUCUCUAAUUUCCAAGAUCUGCAAUCUCGGUCUCAAUCGCAACGAUUCCAGGUCUACCAGUUGAUGAACGAAUUGAUGUUAAAACACCGAGCUGCAUUGGCUAACAUGGGUGAUAUAUCACUCGUUGGAAUUGUGGAUCUUAUGACCGGAGAGAAGGACCCGCGGAAUUUGAUGAUUGUCUUCUCCAUCUUGAAGGUAGUCAUGAUGGAAUGGGACAUCACAAACCAUGUUGAGCUCCUUUUUGAUUCCGUCUAUAAUUAUUUCCCGAUCACUUUUAGACCUCCACCAAACGACCCGUACGGGAUCACCGCGCAAGACUUGAAGAAUCGUUUGCAGGACUGUAUCAGUUCAACUCGGUAUUUUGCACCCCAUGCAAUUCCAGCGCUGCUCGAUAAGCUGGACUCUACUUCACCAAAUGUUAAGAAAGACGCACUCAACACACUCAUUGCAUGUGUUCACUCAUAUGACCCUGAUACCGUAUCCCGUUACUCAAUCACUAUCUGGGAAGUUCUCAAAUUCGAAAUUCUCAAUGCUCAGGAAGAGUUUUUAUCAGAGCUGUCUCUACAGGCUCUCCAAAGUAUCGCACAACGGCUUUCAGAGGGUGUCACACAAGUCACUCAGGAGCUACCAAUUGCGCAGUACCUUCGACCUAUAAGCAAGGAGUGCAAUGAACAAUUGCAAGAACCGCAACAGAAACAAGCCAAGCCUGCGCAGCAGAUUCUCAAAUCGCUAUCAUCCUCCUCAGCUGUGGCUUUCACCCUUGUAGUCCAGACAGCUGUCGCUCCUAUAUUCACCAUCUACCAGGAGGCGGAUGGGAUUUCCAAACAAAGAGCUCUUCUUGAGACACUUUCGGUGCUUUUCGAGUCUGCAACCGUUAUCUUCGGUCAAUGGACGACACGUGGAGGCGAAGUUGGAUAUACGAAUCCACUUCUUGAGUUUAAGGAUCAGUUCUCAGAUGUACUGGGUCAAGCUCUGAUGGGUGCUGCUAAAGAGGAGGUGUCAUUCCGGGUCACUGCCCUGAAGGGCUUUCUGCGUCUCUCUACCCUGCGUGACUUCUUCCAGGACAACGAGAUUGGUUUGUUUGUGCAGUAUCUGGAUGAGAUUCUUCUCAAGGAAGAAUCUGUUGGUCGGAAUGACUUGAAGAUGGAGGCUAUUGCAGCUCUCGCCGAGAUCUCGAAACAUAAGCCUCGUCUGAUUAUGGACAUUACCUUCCCUGCAUUUGUUGCGACACUACCGGACGAGGAUGAUGGCACGAACUCCGCCUAUCUGUCCACCCUUGAUAUUCUGGCUCAGAUCAGUGUUGAGAGGGAUAUCUUCGAAACUCUUUUCAGACGUCUAUUCAGCAAAUUAUCUGUACUACUCCAAAAGGACGAGCCUGGAUCUAUUGAAUACCCGCGAGCCAUCCUUGUGACUAUUCUCUAUGUCAUGCAACAGAGAAAGCUGGAUAAUGAUCCAAGUGUGGACCUGUACUUCGAAAAGAUUGUCGUUGGGCUAUGUCGCAGCGUUGCGGAUUCAGCGUCGGGCAAUGGCAAGAACCGAAUUCUCAAUGAUCCCACUAUUCUCGAUACACUUGGACGGUUGUGUAACCUUCUAGUGCGAUCUGUUUCUGCUCAAAAGCAGGAACAAGUGACGGAGAAUAUUUAUACACUCUUCUCCACACCAGACAGCUUUAAACCCGUACCUUUCUCCCAGGAAACAAGCACCGAUAAGGAACGAACGAUGAUUCUCUCGACAUAUCUACUUGCAGGUGUUCCUAAAGAACACGUUGGUCGUCUUCCCUAUACGUCCCCCAAUAUGUCCGAUCUUCUUUCAGACCUGGUGCAGCGCUCGGUAAUUGAGAAUGCAGAACCCGCUACACAUGUCGCCUCCUUGCGCCAAUUAGCUCUACUUGUCAACAAAUUCUUGUCCAAGCAAGAUCUGAAUAUUGCCGAGAAGCUCUUUGAUACCAUCAUUUCUGAGAAGCAGACACUCAACGCCCCUACGAUCCGCACUAUCUUCUGGCUUUCAAAGGCUUUGGUUCUUCGUCUUGCCCCAACCACAACCCAUAUAUUAUCCUCGCUCCUGAGUCUCCUCUCGUACCCCGACCGACAAACCAGCGCCUCUGCAGCCCGAGGUUUCGCCAUCCUCCUCAGUGAUGAUGAAGUUCUUUCUGUUACCAAUGGAGCAUUUAUUCGUAUGCUAUCCAAGCAGCGCGUUUUCACAACAGUGAUUCCGCUGAUCUCAUCGCGUAUCCGUGAGGUCAACAUUGCUGGUAAUGACGACGCCGCCCAGAAGGCUGAGUCGGAUCACAUCAAACCAGCCCAUCUUACCGCUCUUGCCGGUAUCCUUUCCACCAUCUCCACGGACUUGGUCAUGCCUGAACUCCCCACCUUGCUGCCUCUGCUUCUUCAAUCUCUGGACCUCCAAACACCCGACUCUGUCGCCGUUCGGGCAGCCACUCUCGACACACUUGGCGUGAUUAUUCGCGACAAUGGGGUCGCAGUCAUAGAUAAAUGCGGACAUGUCCACAGUCUCGUCACGAGACUUCUCAAAACAACUGAAGCCAAGGCAGAAAAUGGCGCGGUGAACACCCCCCGUCUCCGCGUGGACGCUUUGAAGUGUCUGUACCUGCUCGCAGCAAAACAGAUUCCCGGUGACGCCGCUCCCAAUUCCCGUCCGCCCCCGUCCAUCUCCCCACUCCUCCCAGAAAAGAAUCAUGUUCUCCGUGCUCUUCGCUUUGUUUUGGAUGAUCCCAAGCGAGAUGUUCGAAAGGCAGCAGUGGAUGCUCGAGGGGCGUGGUUGCGUGGUGUUGAUGAUGCGCCCGAGGAAGAGGACUGA